AUGGCCGCCCCCCGACGCAGAAAGAUUGGUCAUAGAAGACGCAUCGAGGACGAGGAGGACGGAGAAGGUGGACCCGACCAGCUCGAUCUCGAUGAUGACUCUCUGACCGAGGGUUCCAUCGUCAGCGAUGACCACGACCACGGCAACGACAGCGACACAAGCAAUAUCGAUGAGGCCUCCCCCGUCGCCCCCAACCCUCGGAAGGCAGCCGGACAUGGAAAUGGAAAUGGAAAUGCGAAGCCUACCGUCCGGAGCGCCUCGGCCUUGGGCUCCCAGACGACCGACAAGGUCGCGUCCGAUGCCGACGAGAUGCUCCAGGGCUUAUCUAUCAGCGACCGCCCCGAACCCGCCCAACAGGGACAAGCCGAUGCCGCUGCAUCCCCUCCCAAGUCGUCUGCACCUCUCGUUGUGAGCUCCCACUCGUCACGCUUGGCGGAGCCUGUCAAUGAACGUCGUCGCCGGGAACACGAAGAAUACAAGCGGAGAAGGGACGAGGACCCCGCCUUCGUCCCCAACAGAGGGGCCUUCUUCAUGCACGACCACCGCCAUGCCGGACCCUCUGCCAAUGGCUUCCGACCUUUCGGGAGAGGCCGAGGACGUGGCCGUGGCGGAGGCAUCGGGGGCCCCUAUGCACCGAUGAAGUACGCCCAACAAGAGCCUUCCCGUCAUCAUCCGGCUAACCCGAGCAGCCAACUGCACAGUCCGACUGAUCCCCUGACGAGUGGCCAGUGGGCACAUGAUAUGCACGAGGCCGUUGCCGAACCGCCGCCAUCGAGACAACCCAGGCAUCUGCCCGUCGAUACUGAAGGCCCGGCCAACGGCAAUGGCUUCAUCCCAACCUGCCCGUCGAACCCUACCCCCAUCAACAGGACAUUGUCUACCGAGCGACACAUCGGCAACGUGCAGGUUAGGGUCUCUCUCCCCAUCGUCGAUAAAGCUCCGUCUGCUUUUGCAAUGCCCGUCAAACAGUACACCAAGCUUCCUGAUCACCGGCCGCCCCUUCGUCGUGAUAAGCCCGUCCGCAUCUCCUUGCCCGACAACCCGCCCAAAUACAUCUUCCCUGCCGUCGACCGAUCCUUCAUCUUUAUCCCCCGAGCGAUGCGACCCAACCAGCAGCGGACCCGGGGCAAGCCUCGCUCUGGUCUUGGCUCCAUGGGCGGUUUCUCUAGGCGGACCAGUGUCUUCGGCGGAAGCUACUACGGCAGUGCAUACUCCCCGAGUGUCGCCCUUAGUAGGCGCUCUUCACUGGCACCGGACGGGCGGGAUUAUUUGUUCUCGCCUACGGGGUCUGUCAUGUCGCGAGCUCCGAUCCCCGUCGAUAACCCAAGGCCCAUCGUUCGCCUGCCGCCCGCGAACCAGCCGUUCAUGGGGCAGGAUAGCUACCAUGUGCCGAUGCCCAUGCCUAUGCAGCAGAACGAGACGUCCAUCAAUGAUUUGCCGCAGCCGCAGACGCACCCAUUGCCCCAGAAGCCUGCAUUCCAGGAGAACCGUCAGACCCAGAUACCCAUGCACCAGCCUCGCCCUCAAAAGGCCGUAUCGGUCACCAACAUCGAGUCGCCAACCCUCAACCAAGGUCCGCAAGCUUUCCAGCAAGCAUUCCACCAGCAGGUCCCCGUUCAAGUCUCCAAUGGCCAUCCUCAGGACGCCCACUCGCGGCAGCCGUCGUAUCCCACGCAGCAUUCCACUGGCACACCCCUGUCGCAAAUCCCAGAGAGGGCGAUCCACGCUGCUCCUUUCCAGCCGAACACCUUCCAGCAACAGAACUUUUACAACCAGCCCUAUCCUAUGAUGCAGCAGCAGCAGCAACAGCCGCCGCCGCCGCCGCCGUACUAUUACCCCGGACAGUACAACAGCAACAUGGGUCCGCCGGCCGCCCCUACGUCAUUCGCCCCCUCGGGACAGCCGGGCCAAGGUCAGGGUUAUCCUCACCAGACUCAGCCGGACCCCGCGGCUGCCCAGGCAAACGGACAGGUACCCACCGGGCCCAACUUGGUUGCCCAGGAGGUCAAUGGCAUGGUGUACUAUUACGAUGCCACUCAGAUGCCACCCAUGAACGCCUACCAGGGCUACCAACCCCCUCCUCAGUUUGGCCCUGGUGUAAGCGGUAUGGGCGGGAUGGUGACGCCGAGUCCCGACGGGUUCUAUUACCAACAACCAGCCCCUGGAAUGGUGUACUACUCGCAGUAG